CCGGGGCUGCGAGGCAGGAUGCACGGCUGCCUCCGCCUGCUCCUCGGCUGCCUGGCGGCCGACCUGCUGGCGCUCGUGUGCCGGGCGCAGGAGCGCGCCGGCCAGCACCUGGGCAGCAUCGUGGUGCUGUCGGGCGGGAACCGCUCCGAGCCCGGGGACCCGUCGGAGCCGCCGCCGACGCCGGACUUCUGCCGGGGCUACUUCGACGUGAUGGGCCAGUGGGACCCGCCGUUCAACUGCAGCUCGGGGGAGUUCGUCUUCUGCUGCGGCACUUGUGGCUUCCGCUUCUGCUGCAAGUUCAAGAAGACGCGGCUGGACCAGGACACCUGCACCAACUACAAGCGCCCGCCCUGGAUGAACACGGGGAAGCCGCCCGCCCGCAGCGACGACCCCCUGCACGACCCCACCAAGGAUAAAACCAACCUCAUCGUCUACAUCAUCUGCGGCGUCGUGGCCGUCAUGGUGCUCGUGGGCAUCUUCACCAAGCUGGGGCUGGAGAAGGCGCACAGACCCCAGCGGGAGCACAUGUCCAGGGCUCUUGCUGAUGUUAUGCGACCUCAGGGUGCAACAGAUCACAUGGAGAGAGAUCUAAAUAUUGUAGUUCACGUACAACACUAUGAAAACAUGGAGACCAGGGCACCUGCAAAUAAUAUACAUGCAUCACAGAUGAAUAAUGUGGUACCAACUUCUCCCCUCCUCCCUCAGAUGACACAUCCACAUUCAUAUCCUAACAUGGGGCAGAUCACAAAUCCUUAUGAACAACAGCCCCCAGGCAAGGAGCUUAACAAGUAUGCUUCCCUAAAGGCAGUUGGAAGUUAUGAUGGUGACUUUGCUGCGAUGACACUUAAGUCACCAAAAGCUGAUAAGGUCAACGAUGACUUCUAUUCCAAACGUCGACACCUUGCAGAAUUGGCUGCCAAAGGGAGCUUGCCACUCCAUCCAGUGCGUAUGGAAGAAGACAGAACGUAUGCACCUGACAAUGGCACAACGAAACACAAUGGGCAGAAAUCCAAAAUUACAAAAAUUCACACACACCCCAUGGCAUACAACUACAAAACCUGGGACCCCAGUGACCAGUCCUACCGACGGCAAGCAUAUGCAAACAAGGGGAAGCAUGGCCCAGGAGAACCUAUGUUAAGUAACACACUGACAACUCGGAGUCAGCAAUAUUUGCCCCCACAGCCGUACUUCAUAACUAACAGCAAGACAGAAGUGACUGUUUGAGAUUGCUCUUUCAUUCCUUAAAAAUAUAAAACAUCAGAAAGAGGCAAAAAAAAUGAAAAGAAAAGACAAGAAGGAAA